AUGCCCCUCCCAAGCAAGCUCCUCGCAUCAAACUCUAUCAAGAAAGACGGCACAAACGCCAUCCAAAACACUAUCCAACUAUACCUAGACUACUGCUGCCCAUUCUCCGGCAAACUCUUCCUCCGCUGGUACGACGAAAUAUUCCCAACUGUGCAAUCCAACACAAAGUACCAAAUCGUCAUCCAAAACGUUAUCCAACCAUGGCACAUCGGCUCCCAGUACAUGUGCGAAACCGCCUUGGCCGUGGCAAAAUUGAAACCUGAAAAGUUCAUCCCCUUCUCAAAGGCGUUGUUUGAGUCCCAACAACGCUGGUUCGACAGCAACACCGCAGACAAGUCCAGAAACGAAAUCUACACGGAAUUGGCCCUGUUCGCCCAGGAAUCUGUCAAUCUCCCAGCUGAUAGUCUCCUUCCUCUUUUGCUAGUCUCCUCGGAUGACGGCAACGCCGUCGUCAAGGAUGUAAAAUACUUCACCCGCUACCACAGACAAAACGGCGUCCACGUGACCCCCACCCUCGCCCUCAACGGCAUCAUAAUCCCCGCCAUCGAAUCCAGCACUCCAACUGACCGCGUCUGGAAAAUCAUCGAUCCACUAGCUACCACGGAAUAA